AUGUGGUUUAUAGCUUUUAUUUUAGUUUUAUACAUAUCAAUCCAAUGCGAAGCGUCACAAUCUAGUGGGGGAGGUAGCGGCAAUUCUGGUGGGAAUUCUGAUAGUGGAAUUAUAGAAAGUCGCCCUCCACUGCCUUUAAACUGUUCACCAACUUACCUUGAAAAGAGAAAUGGGUUGACAGCUAAGUUUUACACAUACGUAUACCCUGAGUACGCCAAUGCAAUGUCUGAUGAAGAUUUUAUAUUCGGUGGGUAUGUAAAUUAUGCUCAGUACCUUGGAACUGUUUCCAGUGUUGAGGACGUCAACUUUUUCCACUUUUAUGGAACACAACAUCUUGUAAUCCAGGAAGGUCAAAUAAAUGGAUUUGACAUCACCAUUUCUAACUUUACAGUGGAAUAUGAUGGAUACUUCAUUCCGAAAAUAAGUGGUGAUUAUGUCUUUACUAUUGGGCAAACAGAUGACGCUUCAUUAAUAGAAAUUUACUCCAGUGAUCUAGGUAAAUGUUGUCCUGAUUAUGAGGAUGAGCUCACGUCAAUUUUGUCUCUUCAAUAUUAUAAUAACCCGACUAUUCACAAUGCCACUAUAACAUUGAUACAAGAUACUUAUUAUAAAUUCAAAAUCGUUCAUUUCAAUAGAGAUGCAAUUGCGAUUCAAACUAUUUCGUUUACAGAUCCAAAUGGAGAAGUCCAUGACACUUUUGAUGGGUAUGUUUUUGAUGUGACUCAAUUCACAUGCCCUCCAGUUUUGGGAAGCACAAAUAUUGAACCCUCCAUGAUAGCAACUGAGACUACGGUGUCAAACACUGAUGUCUUUACAACAAAAGUAUCAACUGAAACCGUACUGGGUACGACUACCGACACCCCUGUAUUUACUAGUGACGAGAUUACAAUAACGGAAACAUUUCCUGUUAUUAAUAAUGGUAGUACAACUUUCGUUACGUUGACCGAAACCUUACCAGCCGUCAGCAUUGAAACUACGGCAACCUCAACUGGAACGGAGAAUUUUGGAAGCUUAACUUUAACAGAAACAAUUUUUCUCACCUCCAAUCAUACUACUGAAACAGAAAUCGUCACUGUUGAGGUUCCUGUACCACCUAAUGAGACCACUAUUGUAGUAACAUUCACUACAACUAAGGUGAUGACUCCGAUAUCUAAUGAUAUUGCUACUCCAUCAUCAGGUAUAACAUUUAGCUUGUCGUCGGCUACUACAGGAGAAACUACCCAAUCAGAGGUAGAGGAAGAGGUAGUAAUUACAGAUACGAUAACUAUUACGUAUACUUCAGCUAUAUACGUGACUCCGACUAAAAUCGAAUCAGAAAUUCAACCUAUAAAUGGACAGGAGACAGGUGGUGGAUCUCCUGGUGGAGGUCCUGGUGGAGGUUCUGGUAACAGCUUUGAUAUCACUGUGACAGCAACAGCAGUGAGGGGAUCAGGUGGUAGUGAGAAUGGUAGUUCACCUACUGGACCUAUAUCUGCGAUUACCACUGUUAAUAAUUUUAAAGGGACGCCUAACGCUUACAAUGAUCUGACUUCUCAAGGUAACCUAGGGCCACAUUCACGUACUUUGGCAGCUGUUAGUAGAGAUCCUAAAUCCUCAGGCACAGCUGUUGUAUCUCUCGCCGACGCCAACAUAGGUAAUAACCUUUCAAUAGAGAGUAUGGCCUCCGCAACAAUCUUUUUACUUCUGAAUUAUUUAUUACUAUAA